CACUGGCUGCCCUGCCGGAAGCUGCGCGUGCUGCUGGCGCAGGCGCCGCUCCCACGUGCUUCCGGGCCGUGUUCCCCACUGCGGCUGGCGGCGAUGCUGCAAACCUCGGUCCUUCGGGCGCUGGGGCGCCAGGGGUCCCCUAGGCUUCCUCUCUUGGGGGGCCGCGGCGCGCGCUGCUUUGUCUCGGGUGCGCCGAGUGUCUGCGAGGAUGCGGCCCACGCGCGCGCUUACUUCACCACGCCCAUCUUCUACGUGAACGCGGCGCCGCACAUCGGGCACCUGUACUCGGCGCUGCUGGCCGACGCCCUGUGCCGCUUCCGCGGCCUGCGGGCUCCUGGCGCCGGUGCCCCGCGCCUCUCCACCGGCACGGACGAGCACGGCCUGAAGAUUCAGCAGGCGGCGGCCGCCGCGGGCCUGGCCCCGCACGCGCUCUGCGACCGCGUCUCCGCGCAGUUCCGCCGGCUGUUCCAGGACGCGGGCGUCGCCGCCACAGACUUCGUCCGCACCACCGAAGAGCGGCACCGGGCUGCCGUGCAGCACUUCUGGGGCGUCCUGGCGGCCCGGGGUCUGCUCUACAAGGGCCUCUACGAAGGCUGGUACUGCGCCUCCGACGAGUGCUUCCUGCCAGACGCCAAGGUCACCCGACAGCCCGGCCCGGCGGGGGAGUUGUGCCCUGUGUCCCUCGAGAGCGGGCACCCCGUCUCCUGGACUAAGGAGGAAAACUACAUUUUCAGGCUGUCGCAGUUCCGGGAGCCGCUCCGGCGGUGGCUGCGAAGCAGCCCGCGCGCCAUCGUCCCCGAGCCCUUCCAUCACGCAGUCCUUCAGUGGCUGGAGGAGGAGCUGCCUGACCUCUCAGUCUCUCGCAGGAGCAGCCACUUGCACUGGGGCAUUCCCGUCCCCGGGGACGAUUCGCAGACCAUCUACGUGUGGGUGGAUGCGCUGGUCAACUACCUCACCGUCAUUGGCUACCCGAAGGCUGAGUUCAGAUCUUGGUGGCCGGCGGCAUCCCACAUCAUAGGUAAGGACAUCCUCAAAUUCCACGCCAUCUAUUGGCCCGCCCUUCUUCUCGGGGCCGGACUGAGCCCUCCACAUCGCAUCUACGUCCACUCCCACUGGACGGUGUGUGGCCAGAAGAUGUCCAAGAGCUUGGGCAACGUGGUGGACCCCACGGCUUGUCUGGAUCGCUACACUGUGGAUGGCUUCCGCUACUUUCUCCUUCGGCAGGGCGUUCCCAACUGGGACUGUGACUACUAUGAUGAGAAGGUGGUUAAGCUGCUGGACUCUGAGCUGGCGGAUGCCCUUGGAGGCCUUUUGAACAGAUGCACUGCCAGCCGGAUCAAUCCCUCUGGGACCUACCCAGCCUUCUGCACUGCCUGCUUCCCCAGUGAGCCGGGGUUGCAGGGGCCAUCAGUUCGCGCCCAGGCAGAGGACUAUGCUCUUGUGAGCGCAGUGGCUGCCUUGCCCAAGCAGGUGGCCGAGAACUAUGAUAACUUUCAAAUCUACAAGGCCUUGGAGGCGGUGUCCAGCUGCGUCCGGCAGACUAACGGCUUUGUCCAACGGCACGCACCAUGGAAGUUGAGUUGGGAGAGCCCGGUGGAUGCUCCCUGGCUGGGAACUGUGCUUCAUGUGGCCCUGGAAUGUUUGCGAGUCUUUGGCACUUUGCUUCAGCCAGUUACCCCAAACCUAGCAGAUAAGCUGUUAUCCAGGCUGGGCAUUUCUGCUGCAGAGAGGGGCCUUGGAGAACUCCAUUUCUUGCCUCGAUUCUGUGGACACCAGUGCCCUUUUGAAGGGAGAAGGCUGGGUCCCGAUACUGGCCUUUUGUUUCCAAGACUGGAUCAGUCUAGGGCUCGGAUGGUGAAAGCUCAUGGGACCUAGAGACUGAGUUUCUUACUGGUUUGUGGUAAAACUGCAAAUGUGUUUUAUCUUUUCAGGAGUUAUACUAGUGUUUUUUAAAGUGUUGCAUCAGAUGAACACACAAGCUGUGUGUUUCCUUGUGACAAGGCCUUCAGGUGCCUACCCCUUCUCUUUGCCCAGUAACCAGUCUUCUGUCCACUGUUAUGUCUAACAUGUCUCCAGGAAAGAUGGUAGGAGACAGGUGCCGAUACUGUUCCUGUCAUAGUCGCCCCUCUCCAGCCUGUUAUUUGUGCAAUCUACCUCUUAUGGUAGGGCUUGGAGGCCCCCAACCUUCGGUUUUACAGGUUAACCCUACUUUGUUAAACAUACUGGGUCUCCUGUUGAAAAGAGAUUUUUAUUUAAACUUUAAAAACUAAUGUCCUAAAUGAGAUGAGUUUUGCUCAUAUUCAUCCCUAUUUAAAUUCCUACAACGAGGACUCCCUAUCUUGUAUGUUAAUGUAGUCCAGCAGUCAUGUUUCUUAACAUAGGUGGCUGUGGUCUCACACAUUGAAUUAAGAUUGAGGUUUCAGAAUAUUUAAAAUAACUUAGUUUUCUGCUUUCUGAUCUCUCAGAUCUUUCACUUUUUAAGGAAUAACAGUAACCACUGUUUUAACAGAAAGCAAUAAAAUAGAAUUCUGUUUCUUAAAGACUACUGAAAAAUGACAUUUACUAAUAUGCUAGUAAGUGUUUCACAUUGUUUAUAUGAUGAACUGUAAAACUCUCAAGGCACUUGGUAUGUUAAAAAUCUCCAACUUCAAUAACAGGUAUGACUAAUCCAUACAGGUUUUAAAAGGGCAAUAUUCUCUUUGUUCUUACAGUCUUCAUUUUGUUAUCCACAUACAUAACUGACCACAGGAUUUCUUUUGGCCAGUUGAGAUCUGUAGUACAAAGUAGAAAUUGUGUAAUAGUUGCUGACCGUAUUAAUACUUGAGUUUCAAGUAUUUUUUGCUGAUUAUGUGUUUUGCUCUUUUAACUUAUUGAAGUUUAAAAGUUUUCAAGUACCUUUUUCAGAUCUAUUCUAGAAGAUUUGUUGAAGGUGAGGGUGGAGGGAAGAAAUCAGUGCUGCAGGAAUUUCUGAGUGGACUUAGGGAUCACUCAUAGCUCUCUAAGAGAAUAGUAGAGGAGAUUUUAAGGUACCAGUUUAUACAGGGACUACAACAUAGUAAACGAGUGGACAUAGGUGACUGGACAGCUAUGAGGAAUCAGAAGGGAAAACUUCCCUUGGAAAAUCUAGGCUUGGUAGCAAGCAAAAAUUGUGUAGCAGUUCCCUUGGAUCUAUUCUAGCUGCCACUAUUCAGCUCCAGUUUCUCUUUAUUAAUCAGCAAGGUAAGGGACUCCUAGUUGCUUGGAAAAUAAUGUUUGAAGACAUUCUAUAGGUGGAAGGACCAUUUCCUCAAGUGCUGAGCUCCAGUCCUUCUCAGCUUUUUGUGUGAUGUAUGGGUAUUACAAGGACAGACUUCUAGGCAUAGCAGGAAGUAUCUCCCAGGGCUGGAAGGAGCAGAGACUGGUGAAAGAUGGUGUGUAUUUACAUGAAGGAAGGAAAACAUUUGGAAAAGUAGUGAGAUGAUCACUUCUGUGGCCUUAGAGCUGCAUGACAGUCCUGCCAGGCCGGAGAUACAGAAUCUUUCCCUUGAAUGGUCUUGUGGCCCGGUGCUGGUCAGUACACUGGAGCUCAGCUUGCUGGUAUUAAUGGAGUUCAUUCUGUGUAGCUGUCACUUGUGCAGGACUUAACCAGCCUCUAGCACAUCUGUGGCUAAGAUACACGAAAACAGCUAGAACGGAGAGCAUAAUGAUUAUAGAAGAUGGGAUAUUAUGAGUAGAGGAGUUGGUAAGUCGGAUCUGGUUGUGAUCAGUUAGUUGUGAACACCGCAGCUGUUGGAUCAGCCAGAUACGUUGGACCUGACUUCGGUAGUGAUAUGAAAAGUGAAGCAGAUUCUCUGUAGUGCCUUACAUAGUGCAUAAAGGGAGUAUCUUUUUAAAAAAAGAUUUGUUAAAAAAUGCUAAGAUGCCAAUGCAAGAGUUGUUAUUAAAACUUGUCAGUUAAGAGUUUUCUCCUGUGUUGGGGAUGGAACCCAGGAACCUGUCAUGCACUCUGCCUCUGAGCUACAGCCCCACCCCAGCAGUUAAGAUUUCCCUAGUUAAGAAACUGAAAAACAUCUUGGGCCUCCUGGGUCAUUAAUCUACACUUCUCCAUCAUGUUUUCUGACCUUUUUUCCAGGACUGAGUUGUGAGGAUGGUUAUUGGCCAUACCCUACGUUUUUAGGUCACUUUCACAAGCCAGCACUUUUGGAGUAAUAGUCUUAAGAAUGAAUGAAGAAGAGUGAUGCAUGUUGUCUACAUUCCAGACAUCAGGGUUAGGAAUCUGAUCGGCAGCAUUAGGAAGCUUUUCACUUGGUUCCAAACUUGGAGAAAUAAACUGGAGAUUAACUGGCUCGUCAUCUAUGGCAGUUCUGUCAGCAGCCUCCUGUUCCUUAGCCUUUUGACUAGAGCUGCAUGACAAGCACUGUAUUUGCAGUGAGCCAUCUUUAGCUCUGUUGGGCAUUUUCUCCUUGGCAUGACACUAGGUGGUAAUGUAGCUGCUGGGUGGCACCUUGUAUUUUUUAAGGCUUCUGGCUCUAUGAGGCUUAGUCUUGAUGUAGGGCCUCAAGGUUCCCAAGGGAAGUGUCAGGGAAGAGGAAGAUGAUGGUGCUGUUCUGCUUGCCUGGCUAAUCAGAUGUCCUUUGGGUACUCAAUGCUGAGCUUGAGCCAGCAGCUUCAGCAUGGUGAGUGGAGGAGAGGUGGCAUUUAAAACUGGAGGGCAUGUCCUUGGAAAAGGUGGUGUCCUAACCACUACAAUGGAUAGGCGAUAAAACUUGGAGAGCUCCCCAUAUUCCAAAGCUGUCAGUGCUUUAUUCUGCAUCUUGUAGAUCUCUUUACCAUAAGGAAAUUUUCUUCCAAACACUACUCUGGUGGUUCUCAAUAAUCAGGAAAGGGUGUUGCAGGAGAUGAGGUCAGGCAUUCGUGGGUUGUCACGGUAGGGAGUUGGAAGACAUCCGCGCAGUAGCUGCUGUCCUGUCCACAAGCCAUGUUUUCCUUAAUAUUGGGCCUGUGCACAAGCUGACUCACAGAUUAGGCGCUGUAGGAGUUAGAAAUCUGUGACUGUAAGUGCAGCAAUCUCCUGAUUUCACUGAAACCUCAGGUAUUCUAGGAGGCCACCUCAUUUUCUUAACCAGUGGACUCUAGGGGCUGUGAGGAGCCUAAUAAAUUACAUAUGAAAUUGAUGCCAUAGUACUUGAGAAAGGCAUAGGCCAGAAGACAGACCCUUGGACAGUUGUUUUUCCAAAGCUGUACUGUGAUUGGGAUGUUGCCCUUGAUUUGAGAAGUUCUGAACCGAGUGUAGGCCUCUAACAAUGAAUGGUGGCUCACUCCUGCAGCAGCAGGUGGCCGUACCCAGAUUCCGCUUGGAUGUUAUGUUAGGGGUGAGUUCAUGGGUCUGACUGCUCCCUUUCUACCAAGUGUGUGGUGGCAGUGUUGGCCUGCACUUGUGUAAUGCCAGGCUAAGACUUGGUCUAUAAAGCUGCUGUCUGAUAAUGUAAUUCCCAUGACCUAUAAUUCUGCCAGUUGUCAAAAAGCUUGUAGUGAGCUCUGGGGUGCUGUAAAUCUUGGUAGGUCCUCACCUUGUCUUCCACAACACAGUGAGCAUUAGUGGACCUAGAAAGUAUGGGCCGAUGGACUGCCAUUAUUUUGUUUUUUGCAGCACAAGUUUACUAGUUCAGAGAGUUUGGGGGAGCUAGGGCACAGAUGGGGCUAACCAAGAACAGAUAAUAGAAGAAAGUCUUUGAAUCUCUUGUAAAACUAAGACUAUGAAAUAGCCAUUUCAGCAUGGCACAACUGGCUGUGCCCUUCCUGCUGUAGGAGUUUGGUGAGGACUGGUUGACUAUUUUUUGGUACCAGGGAUCAAACUUGGGACCUUGCAUUUGCGAGGCAGGCGCAGCACCACUGAGCUAAAUCCCCAACCUAGGAUUGGUUGACUCUUGACAAGAGGAACACAUCAAUUUGGUUAAUUUUACUAGAAGCCCAGAAGAGUAAUAAAUGAAUGAAGGUAAAUUAGUGGGGAUUUUAACCGUCUGUGAAGCACGUCUUAUUUCUGGAGAAGGAGGACUGAAGCCCAGUACGCAGUGCCUUACAGUAUUAUCAGUAACUACCAAGGUUCAACCAUGACUGGACUGACAUCAGUAGGUAAGGCGACAGUGCAGAAAUCUUAUCCUUGGCCAUGAAUGAAUUGUUGGUAGCACAGUUAUUCUCCAUGGAUUUAAGAGUCACAGCUCCUCCCUUAAGAACAGGAUGGUGUGGAAUGGCAGGAUGUUUUAGGAGAACGAGUGUGCCAUCUGCAAGGAGAAAUGAAGCUCCAAGGAGAGAGGAGACCUGCCCUGGGGCGGUAAGGAUUUGUGGUGAAGACUGCAGAGUGCCCACUGAUGCACUGGGAUUCACUGUGCAAACAGGGUGCCACCUUUCGUAGUGUGUGGCAGGUACGGGCAGUGUGACAUCAGCCUCGUAAGGCAAUUACUUUUCUCCUCUACCCUCCAUAGUUGAGAAUUGCUGGUUUAUGGGAUUUGACAUAAAGAAAAAACUUCAAAAAAUAGACUAUGAUUGACUGCUAUAGAUUAGAAUCAUUGCUAUUCUUGUUUUGUUUUGUUUUGGUACCAGGGAUCAAACUCGGGACCUCACACUUGCCAACGCAGGUGGCGGAACCACUGAGCUAAAACCUCAGCCCAUCAUUGCUGUUCUUUUUUUUUUUUCCUAUCAUUGCUAUUCUUGUAAUUCAGUAUAUUUAAUAAAAAUAUGAUCAAUUCUACAUUUUUUCCUAAGUAUUUUUAAAAGGGUAGUAACUUCUUUGGAACACAUUAAAUAAAACAGUUUCAAUAAUCUAGCAUCCUUUGAACUAAUCUAGUGUAGUGGGCAUAAUUUACUACCAAGUGUAUCACUGCUAAGCAGAGGAAAAGACAUUGAUAGCAGGCAAAAUUUUGAGACUCUAAAAUUUUGUUUUUUUCUAACAGGCCUCUGUGAAAAUAGAAACUUGAAGUGCCAGCAAUAUAUACCUGUUCAGUAAGUCCUCAGUAGACUAUGAAAAGGAAACAAUUCCAUAGCCAUAAUUUUGCCAUGCUUCCUAAUUGUGAGUUUAGUAACGAGAACACAAAAGGACAGAACCCAUAGUCAUUCCUUAUUAUGUUGUUUCCUUCAUUUACUUCUGUGGACUCUGUGAGGUAUUAUUUUAAAUGAAACUUAUGAGAAACUGAGGCACAGACAGAUUAACUUGGCUAGGAUUAUACAGUUUGUAAACCAGGAGAGCCCAGACUCAAACCUGUCUAUUCCAGAGCCUCCACAUCAGCAUUACCACCAACUCCACAGUCCGUUAUCCAGCACAUGGACCAAGGCAGUCUGUGAAGGGCUGGGAGGAAGAGAAGUACUGUAGUAUAACCCGACCCACAGACCUGAGGGUGAAAUGUCUGUGAAAGAACUUUUAACUGAAAUACAUCAGGAAUUAACUUGUUGACAGUAUGAAACAAAGUACCAAAAAAGAAACUUAAAAAAGAACAUACCUUUUUCAUGAAGUGUGGUAUAUUUCACUUUGGCUUUCAGUUGCUUCUUACAUCCUAAGCCUGCUUAUGUGUGCUGAUCCACAUUGUUAAACAUUUUAGUAACUCUAUGGACUUUCUAGUUUUUCUUUUCUCUUAAGUUUGUCCUUGCUCUAAACUCUAGAAUCCAGUAGUUGUAAGUGAAAGUAUGUUGCCCUAAGUCAUGAAUCUAUGUAUUUUGAAAUGACAUUAUACUAAUUAGUACUUUAAACACAUUUAUUUAUGAACAUGAAAACAUAACUUCAAGUUUAUUUGAACUAUUUAACAAUUGCAGAGAAAUUUAUGGGAGACUACAAAUACUGAAACUUUCAUAUAUACAGUUUUCAUACAAAAUGAACUUUUAGUAAGACAUCUAUUUACUGACAAUUUAAAUCCUCUGACUUUAUUGAACAUUACUGAAUCCUUAUACAUUUACAUGUAUUAGUAUUUUAAAAAUGUUUUAGGUCAGGUAUUAAGGAUUUUAGGAUAUUCCUCAAAUAUUGCUAAAAAAUAUAAGUGAAUCCUGUGUAACUUUCUCUGCUGUGGUACCAAAGUUAGACCAUGUUGGAAACAAAGAUCCUGAUGUGAUUAGCAAGCGACACCUUGGGAGUAUUAAAUCAUCUCAAAUUGUUCAUGAA